AUGGUUUUGGCUCAUCCCCCUCUUCCCUCCAAAAAUGGGUCAUUUUUCAUCGAAUGCGAUUCGAGUUACGACACUUUUAGGGAGGUCGGAAAAUACGUGCUUCAAUUGAUGUAUUUGGUGCCGGGCAUAUGGCUUCAUUCGAGGAUUCUGUUGAGCAGGUUUGGUAUUGAACGAGACGAUUUUCGCAACAAUUCGUUUGGUGUCAUUUUUAUGGUCAACUCGGUUGUGGUACGUUUCAUAGGCUUCGUAUCGCGCGAUUGCAAUGUUCAGCACACUUUGAUGCCGAUUCUUACACGUUGGCUAAUAUAUGCAAAAAGUUUCACUUAUGUGGAAGUAAUCCACAUAAGUGACGUGGAUUUUUUCGACCUAGAGAACAAUUUUUUCCAGAGUCUUCUUGAACUUCUCAUCCACACUUUCAUCUAUCGUCCUUCAAUAUUUAUUCCUCCACUUUGCCCAAUUUUCACUCCAAUCCUCGCUUAUCCUUCAAUUAUUUGGAAAUUCAUUAUGAUUCUACAAAAUCAUCUAAAAGCUGCUAAAUCAAUGACUCAAAUUUUCAUGAGUUUUAAUAGAAUGACUUGUGCUCUUUGGCCGAUCGAAUAUAAUUCAAUAUGGACUAAUAAUCGUGUAAAAUCAGUUGUAUUUCUGAUAAUUGUAAUGCCAGUUGGCACAACUUUCAAUUUGAUAUUAUCAAGAAUCACAUUACAACCAAUUUAUGGAGGAUUCAUCACUAAUUACGUUAGAACUAUCUCGUGGGCUAGUCUACCAUUUCAACAUCUAGUAUUCAUUAUAACUGCAUUAUCUUCUACAGUUAUUUGCACAAGUAUCGCGAUUUAUGCAUUGCUUAUGUUACCAAAUCGAGUUAAAGGAGCAGAAAGAUCACUUUGCAUUGCUGCAAUUAUAUUUUCGAUUGGUUUUAUCGGCGCGGCCGGUGCACAAGCUGCAAUCGCUUUUUGCCCGCUUUGUCUCGACUCAUCUUAUGGUGAUUUUCUAUACAUGGUUCAUUUUUGGUGCAUAGAUUUUCUUGACAUUUCUCAACCUGUGGUUACAUACUUUUUGAGCAAAGAAUUCAGAAGACAAAUAUUUCGGACUAAAGUUGUUGUUCUACACAGUGGAUUUUAAAAAUUGCUUUGCUCGUACUCUGUUCAAUUUUUUUUUUGCAAAAUGUCAUAUGUACUAUGCUAUAAUUUGUUUUUUGUCUACGAUCUUUCAAGUUUGAGUUUUUCCUUCAAAUAAAUGUUUUUCAAAAAUAGAACAUUCAUCUCGGAAUAAAUAAGGGGGAAAAGGUCCCCACAGUGAGUUGACCCAAUAAUCUAGGGAUAACUAGGACCAAAGCCUGUACUUCACAAUCUUCAGUUUAUCAGUGUCCUGAAGUGUGCUUAGUUUAACAUUCAACAUUUUGAUGUCUAUAAUUAUGCUUUUCACACCUCCUUUUCAAGUUUUUUCGUUAUUUACUUAUUUUAAAUUCAUAUCCACUGCUAUUCCUACUUUCUCCUCUAACAAAACAUGGUGUUAAGUAACCCCUCUCCUCCUUCCGAAAAUGGGUCAUUUUUCAUCGAAUGCGAUUCGAGUUACAACAAUUUCAUAGAAGUGGGAAAAUACGUGCUUCAAUUGCUGUACUUGUUACCGGGAAUUCUACUGCAUGCGAGAAUUCUAUUGAGCAGGUUUGGUAUUGAUCGAGACGAUUCUCGCAGCAAUUCGUUUGGUGUUAUUUUCAUGGUCAAUUCGAUUGUGGUGCGUACAUAUUUUAUUAAUUAAUUUAAGUUCUCAUUAACUUCCAGAGUAUUCUUGAACUUCUCAUCCACACUUUCAUCUAUCGUCCCUUGAUAUUUAUUCCUCCACUUUGCCCAAUUUUCACUCCAAUUCUCGCAUAUCCUUCAUUUAUUUGGAAAUUUAUCAUGGUUCUACAAAACCAUCUAAAAGCUGCUAAAUCAAUGACCCAAAUUUUCAUGAGUUCAAAUCGAAUGACUUGUGCUCUUUGGCCGAUCAAAUAUGAUUCAAUUUGGACUAAAAAUCGUGUAAAAUUAGUUGUAUUUUUGAUAAUUGUGUUACCAGUUGGCGCAACUUUUAACUUAAUCGUAUCUCGAAUAACAAUACAACCAAUCUAUGGUGGAUUUACCAAUAAUUAUAUCAGAACUAUCCCGUGGGCUAGUCUACCAUUCCAACAUUUCAUUAUCAUCAUAAUUGCCUUAUCUUUCACAAUCAUUUGCACAAGUAUUGCAGUUUAUGCAUUGCUCAUGUUACCAAAUCGAGUUAAAGGAGCAGAAAGGUCACUUUGCAUUGCUGCAAUUAUAUUUUCAAUUGGUUUCAUCGGCGCGGCCGGUGCUCAAGCUGCAAUUGUCUUUUGCACUUCGUGUUUCGGCGAUCUUCUAUUCAUGUUUCAUUUUUGGUGCAUCGAUUUUCUUGAUAUUUGCCAACCAGUUGUGACACUUUUCUUAAGCAAAGAAUUUCGAAGAAAUAUAUUUCGCUCCAAAGUUGUUGUUCUUCAAAGUGGAUCUAAUCAUCUGGUCGUACUUUGA